CUCUGAUUUCCCAGAAUCCUGUUAGCGCCACGUCCUCACAAGUGGAGACAUUGCAAGAAGGUGUGAGAGACGAAGACCAACAACAACAACACCAGCCACAAACACCAGCCACACUCGAACUAAACAUCCAACAUGAAUAUUUUCAGGCUCAUUGGAGAUAUGUCACAUUUGUUGGCAAUCAUUAUAUUGCUGCUGAAAAUAUGGAAGACAAGAUCUUGUGCAGGUAUAUCUGGCAAAAGCCAAGUGUUGUUUGCUUUGGUCUUCACAACUCGUUACUUAGAUCUGUUCACAUCCUUCAUCUCUUUCUAUAAUACAAUAAUGAAGGCAUUCUUCAUUGCCUCCUCCUAUUUCACUGUCUUCCUCAUCUACUACAAGUUUAAGGCGACCUAUGACAGCAACCACGACACGUUUCGAGCUGAGUUUUUGGUCGUCCCCGUUGGUGGCCUUUCUGUUUUGGUCAACUCUGAAUUCACUCUAUUAGAGAUUUUGUGGACCUUCUCUAUUCAGCUCUUGGAUUUUUAUUUUUAUUUUCCUCUUCCAGUUUUACGAGGCAAAAAGAUUACUCUACCAGCAUGAGCGAAGAGGCUACAAGUUUGCCUGAGGCAUGAGAAGGCUGCAAGUGUGCUGCUACUACUACUUCUACUACUACUACUACUACUACUACUACUCCUCUGAUGGGUUGGAAGAAGUUGUUUGUUACUGGUAUCUAUGGCUGGCUUUCACAUAAAACACUGUGGUAAUUCAUCAUUCUCUUCCUCAUUGAUUUCAUCUUACCAAGCAGUGAAAAAUCCUCAUUAAAGCUUUUAACAAAAUCCCUUCUGGUUUCAUCACAAACCUCUUCUUUCCUUCCUGCCAUCUCUUUUAUUUUAGGGUUACAUUGCUCAACCUGUUUACUCCCUUCUUUCCUUCUUAGGUUGUUAGUCACCUUGUGUCAAUGUCCUUUACUUAAACCUAACAACCAAUGAUAGAACCACACAGCAAACUUCUUUCACUUGACUUCUCUCCUUCUCUUUCUCUCUCUCUCUCUCAUAUGAUUCCUCCAGCACUGCGACCUCCUUAGACCACAGCAGUGUUGGAACCAAUCUUUCAAAAGACAUUUCUAUGAGAUUGUGGUUGUAAACAAAUGAUACAACAAAAAAGAAGAAAAAAAAAAAGGAAGUUUCAAAUGUAUAAUAAUUGAAAUGAAUUAUCACAUUUUUUCUUGAUAUCUCUUGAGUUAUAUUAUUAUUAUUCCUUCAUUUCUUAUCUUUUGCCUUUGUUUUAGUCUUUUAUUUUUUUUUGUUUCCAAAGCUUAAACUCUAUUCUAUUCUUUAUUAAACUGUUAUUUCAAUCUCGUGGAGUGUUGUUUUAAGUUAAAAUCCACACAGAUGAAUCAUUAAACAUUUUUUACGCACAUACAUAAGCACACACACAAACCACACACACACACACACAUACACACACACACACAUACACACUAUGAAAGUCACUAUACAUCCUGGUACUUUGUUUCCAACUAGUUAGUCAUUAUGUUCAUAGAAAUUCACUGGAACUUUGCUGGAAGAGUACAACAGCAACAGUACUAUUCCCAUUUUUCACUUUAAAUAACUGUGAAGGAAGAAAUUCAUGUAAAACUUUAGCUUCAGACAGUCUCAGCCAUUAUUGUAUGCCUACUGAUUUCUGAAAAUUCUUUUUCCAUGUGAAUAAAUCAUAUUUCAUUGUA